CCCCUCGCUAUUCUUCCCUCUCUAAUUACACACACUCUCUCUCUCUCUCUCUCUCUCUAGAGGCAGACGCUCUCUCUGUUUCUCGUUUUUCUACUUAAAAAAAACCUGCUUAACCUGCGCACUUGGAACUGCUUAACCUGCGCCCACCGCCCCUGAGAGAUGAAGCAGUUAUUCGAGUUCGUUAUAAGAAGUAUAUCAAGAUACAGGAUGGAACAUUGAAGAUCCAACGGCUGAGCGAGAUUACAGAUAAUCAUCGGGACCCACUAAGAAUGGAGGCUCAGAAAAGUCAGUCGAAGCUGACGAGGACUAAGUCUUCACUUCUCCGGUCGUCUCCUACUCUCCGGUCCUCGUCCCUCCACAGCAUAUCUGAUGAUGAACCGGACAUUGAAGAACAGAAGCCCCACAAAACCGGCUCCAUACCGGUUCGACCGGUUUCAUCUUCCGGUCCGGCCAGGGCAGCUCCUGUUAUAACAAUUUCCUUGCUCUCUAUAUACACACUGUUCUAUUUCUUCAACAGGGACGGCAUGUCCACGUCGGAAAAUCUCCUCAUCGCACUGAUUUUCAUUGCCGUUUUGCUGUUCUUCGCCGGAAAAAACAAGAGUACAAUUCAUCAAUGUUUUAACGGUUUGAAAACCAUGUGUAAUGAGUACGGGAAGAAACUCGGUUUAAUAUCUAGUAGUAAUAAUAAGAGUAAAGUGCAAUGGUUCAUUGGCGAGCGAAAAGUAGAUGGGAAAGAGAAGCAAAUAGUGAGAGAAGGAGUGGAAGUUUACAGCAAUGGUGACAUGUAUGAGGGGGAAUUUCAUAAGGGGAAGUGCAACGGGAGUGGUGUCUACACUUUUUUUGUGAAAGGGAGAUAUGAAGGAGAGUGGAUAGAUGGGAGGUAUGAUGGGUAUGGGAUAGAGGGCUGGGCUAGAGGUAGCAAAUAUAGAGGGCAGUAUAGGCAAGGAUUGAGGCAUGGCUAUGGUGUGUAUAAAUUCUAUACUGGAGAUACUUAUGCUGGGGAAUGGUGUAAUGGGCAGAGUCAUGGAAUUGGAGUUCAGAGUUGCUCCGAUGGGAGCUGUUACAUCGGUGAAUUUAAACGCGGUGUUAAACACGGCCUUGGCUGUUACCAUUUCAGGAAUGGGGAUCGAUAUGCGGGGGAAUAUUUUGGAGACAAGAUUCAUGGUUUUGGUGUGUAUCACUUUGCCAAUGGGCAUUGCUAUGAAGGGUCAUGGCAUGAAGGUCGUAAGCAAGGUUACGGAAUGUACACUUUUAGAAAUGGUGAUUCAAGGUGUGGAGAGUGGGCCUCUGGGAAUCUCAAUACUCCAUUGCCCCAACUUACUGAUGCCGUCCUCCGAGCCGUUCAGGCAGCUAGAAAGGCAGCAGAGAAUGCAAUUAACAUACGUAGGGUGGAUGGUCAAGUGAACAAGGCAGUGAUGGCAGCAAACAGAGCUGCCACUGCUGCCAGAGUUGCUGCUAUUAAAGCAGUUCAAAACCAGAUGCAUGGAAAAUUUUGCGAUACUAACAAUUACUACUAAGUCUUUACUGGCGCAUUAAAGUUUGGUAAAUGUAAAUUUACUACUAGUAUGCAAAGUAUGAAUGAAUAUUCCAAAGCCACCCUGGCUGGCAAAGUGCCCGCUGGAGGUUGAGUUUAAUGCCUUAACGUUUAGUUGACCACAAUUGUAACUUGUAUAUACACACCCUUUCAAUCUACAUGCACAUCAACGAAGAUGAUUUUUUUCCAA